AUGUAUGAGCCUCGAUACUAUGACAGCCCGCCUGUGUACAGUCCGCCUUACAGCACCACCUCCCACAGCUUCUACCCCCCGAGGAGCGUCCACUCCCCCCAGAGCCAGUAUGUCUCCAACUCCUACAACCUCCCCCCGGACUCCUACUACGCCGAGGGGAAGCCUCAGCUCUUCUACCGCUGGUUCUCCCCUCCCGGAUUUGUGAAAACCUUCAAGGGAGCCACGGCGCUCAUGUGCUUCCUCAUCUUCGCCCUCGUGGCUUCCACCUUGGUGUGGGACCUGAACGGCUUCGGGUACGGGGGCUACGGCGUCGGGGAGGCCGGGGCCGUCGGGGGAGCGGCGUCGGGGUAUUACGGGGGCAGCUACGGGUACGGCAGCUCUUACAUGACGCCGCAGUCCGCCAAGGCGGCCAUGAUUUCUAUGGCCGCCAUCAACUUCCUGGUCUCCCUGGGGUUCCUGGUGGCGAGCUUCUCGCGCUCGAGGGUCAUGCGGAGCUGCAGGUUUUACCUCUCAGUGUUCAUCAGCGAUAUCGUCUUAGCCGUCCUUCAGGGAAUCAUCGACAUCAUCUUUGUGAUCGGCGUGAACCCGAUGUCCCAGAGCUCCCAGAGCAUGCUCUACAACCCCAUGCUCAUGAUGUGCCAGAACAUCCAGGGCAGCCCCAGCCUCAGCGGCAGCGUGGGCGCCGGUUUCCCGGGGGGGUUCCCCAUGUACAAUCAGUACCUGCACCACUACUGCUACAUGGACCCCGAAGAGGCAGUGGCGCUCGUGUUGGGCCUGUUCGUGGUCUUGGCUUUGUCCUUCUCUGCCUACUAUGCCUACAAGACCCGCAGCAAGAUCUGGCGCCACGGAAAAGCGAACAUCUACUGGGACGAGCCUCUGGUCAGACCUUCAGAGGGGCAAGACGUCCAGGACUGGGUGAGCCACGACGGAGACGUGCGCAGCGCCCAGCAGGCGCCCACUGUUGUUGUGUCGGAGCGCGCGGCGCCUGACCUGAGGGCGGAGAACAGCGUGGUCUCCUAUGGCAACGGCACCGUCAGCAUCCGCAGUGAGGGGAAUUCUAAAAGCUACAGUUUUCUUGCAGACAGCAGUCACGGCCGCGGCGCUGAGCCUCUGCAGCAGAGCGGCAGGCCUGCAGUUUGCUCCAGCAGCUCCUCGGAUGAGACCGACAGCAUCGGGAAGCCUCCUGCUCCUCAUCAUCAUGGGAGGAAGAAGCAGAGGAAGGACCGGCGGGCUGCGCCGGCUGCUCGGGCGGCGAUGGAGUCCCAGUACGAGACCGGCUACACCACCGGGGACACCGGCAACGAGCUGGACCGGGACCACAGCGACCACCUGUACAGGCUGUACCCGGAGAUCACUUCCGACGAGCAGCGCCGCAAGUACAGGAAGGAGUUUGACUCGGAUCUGUCUCGAUACAAAAGCCUCUGCGCAGAAAUGGACGAAAUCAGCGACCAGAUGCACAAACUGAGCCGAGAGCUGGACGCCCUGGACGAGGACUCCACAAAAUACCAGGGAGUCGCCGAAGAAUACAACCGGCUCAAAGCCCUGAAAAUGACGGCAGAGUAUCGAGCAAAAAAGAAGCAGAGCAAAGAACUCCGGCAAAAGCUUUUCCACAUCAAACGUCUGGUGAAAGUCUACGAUCAGGGUCUGUGCUGA